AUGGGCAUCCAGGAGCUUUACGAGGCCAAUGGCCAGUCUGCUCUAUUCAAACAUUUAAAUUCUUUGAACAAUGCUGAAAAGCAGAAAUUUGAGCUAAAUUUGGAAGAGAUUGCGACUAAAAAUGACCCAAAAACGCUUCUGCAAAACUGUCAAAAGGCAAUCGAGUUGAGCUCUGAAAACUCAAAUGAUACUGAUCCAAUUGUGCCAUUACCAAGUACUUCUUAUGAGUCUUCCGUGGGACGUCCUGAUCUGGAGCAGAAAUAUCGUGAAAUCGGUCUGCAAGAAUUGUCCAAUGGCCGCGUUGCUGUCAUUUUGAUGGCUGGGGGUCAAGGAACAAGAUUAGGUUCUUCCCAACCAAAAGGCUGCUACGACAUAGGUUUGCCUUCGGGAAAAUCCCUCUUCCAAAUUCAAGCGGAGAAGCUUUCGCGUUUACAGAGCAUUUCUAAAAGUCCCAGCCCUAUUCCGUGGUAUAUCAUGACUUCUAAGCCAACCAGAAACCCAACAGAACAGUUUUUCCGCGAAAACAACUAUUUUGGGCUUUCUAAGGACCAGGUUAUUUUUUUCAACCAGGGAACACUACCAGCUUUUGAUCUAGAAGGCAAGCAUUUGUUGCUGGAAUCUCCAACACAGCUGGUCGAAUCUCCAGAUGGUAACGGUGGUUUGUAUCGCGCUAUAAAAGAUAACGGAAUUCUACAGGACCUCGUGGAAAAAAAAAUCAAGCAUGUUCAUAUGUACUGCGUUGACAACGUGUUGGUGAAACCGGCUGAUCCUGUGUUCAUCGGCUUUGCUCUCAACAGGGGAUUCGAUGUGGCCACGAAGUCGGUUCGCAAAAGAGACGCAUCUGAGUCCGUGGGUUUGAUUGCUAGUAGAGGAGGAGCACCUUGUGUUGCUGAGUACUCCGAAAUCUCGAAAGAAAAUGCAGAGGCUACAGAUGAUGAUGGUCUUCUCAGCUUGAGAGCAGCCAAUAUAGUGAACCACUAUUACUCUGUUGAUAUUUUGCAGCGUGAACUGGACGAGUGGUGCUGCUCGAUGCCAUACCAUAUCGCAAAGAAAAAAAUUCCGGUGUACGACAACCAAACAGACUCGUUUCUGAAGCCCACGCAGCCGAACGGUAUCAAGCUAGAACAAUUCAUUUUUGACGUUUUCCCCUAUGUGCCCAUGAACAGGUUUGGAUGUAUGGAAGUGGAUAGAACUAGCGAAUUUUCACCUCUGAAAAAUGCACCGGGCACCGCCAAUGACAACCCUGAAACUAGCCGUGCGGCAUAUUUGGAAUUGGGUACCAAAUGGUUGAAGUCUGCUGGGGCCCAGGUCAGCUCCCGAUCUCUCCUUGAAGUCCCUGGCACAAUCACUUAUGGGGGUGAAAACUUGGAGAAAUACAAGGGGAAAAAGUUCGAUGAGCCUAUUUCUAUUUUGCAUUAA